GGGGCUUUCCACGUGCGUGCGAGCGGUGCAGUGCAGACGAUAUGACCCUCGUUGUUGCUCUCGAAAAUGAUAAUUGCCCCAAGCUUGGUACGAGUCCGGACUCUCGAGCGACCGCAGUGAACGACAUCGAACCCCGCAGCGCGUCUCCAUGCGAUUCUGAGCACGACAAGGCGGAGGCGGCCAAGGGGGCAGCCAUGCCGGCGGCGGCCACCAAUGGGGAGUGCGACGCGGCCAGCCUGGCGUCGUCUGCCGAGGACAGCGGCAAGGGGUCAUCGUCGACCUCGUCGGAAGAGGACGCCAAGCUGAGCAGUGACGCAACGCCAGGGCAGGAGCUGGUCUUCAUCCAGGACACCGGGUUCAACGUCAAGAUCGCCGCCCCGGGCCUGGACCCCUUCGACAUCCAGGUGAGCUCGAUGGAGCUGGUGCAGGAGAUCCACCAGCUGCUGAUGGAUCGGGAGGACACGUGCCACCGGACCUGCUUUAGCCUGCAGCUGGACGGAGCCACCCUGGACAACUUUGCGGAGCUCAAGAACAUACCGGGUCUCCAGGAGGGCUCCCUGGUCAAGGUCGUCGAAGAGCCAUACACUGUGCGCGAGGCCCGGAUUCACGUACGCCAUGUGCGGGACCUGCUGAAGUCCCUGGAUGCCGGGGAUGCGUACAACGGCAUCGACUGCAGCUCCCUGGCAUUCCUCAACGUUGUCACCCAGGGAGACAUCCUUGAGAAGAAGAGCAGAGCGGAGUCUGUCGACUGCACGCCUCCCGAUUACAUCAUUCCGGGCUCCAAGGAGCCCCCGCCGCUCGUGCCCCUCCUGCCACAGGCCAAAGAGCAGAAGAACUACCAAGCUCUGAAAGUCCUGACCACAAGUGGCUGGAAUCCUCCGCCGGGCCCCAGAAAACUGCAUGGGGACCUGAUGUAUCUGUACGUGGUCACGCUGGAAGACAAGAGGUACCACAUCACCGCAUCAACUAGGGGCUUCUACGUCAAUGAAUCCACGGAAGAGGAGUUCAACCCUCGGCCAUCGUCACCCAAACACGUCUUCCACUCUCUGGUGGACCUCCUUGGCCAGGUCAGUGCGUCCUUCAAGCGCAACUUCGCGCUGAUCCAGAAGAAGCGGACGCAGCGGCACCCUUUUGAGCGGGUGGCCACGCCGUACCAGGUCUACUCGUGGCUGGCGCCCCCUUCCGAGCAUUCGAUCGACUCCAUACGGGCGGAGGACGCCUUCUCGUUCAAGCUGGGCUACGAGGAGCACAUCCCGGGGCAGACACGGGACUGGAACGAGGAACUGCAGACAACGCGGGAGCUGCCUCGCAAGACGCUGCCGGAGCGAUUGCUGCGGGAGCGGGCCGUCUUUAAAGUGCACAGUGACUUCGUGGCGGCCGCCACCCGGGGCGCCGUGGCCGUGGUCGACGGGAACGUCAUGGCCAUCAAUCCUGGCGAGGAAACCAAGAUGCAGAUGUUCAUCUGGAACAACAUCUUCUUCAGCCUGGGCUUCGACGUGCGGGACCACUACAAGGAGCUGGGCGGGGACGCAGCGGCGUUUGCGGCGCCCUGCAACGACCUGCAGGGGGUGCGGGCGUACGCGGCGGUGGACGUGGACGGCCUCUGCACCCUGGGCACCCUGGUGGUGGACUACCGGGGCUUUCGAGUCACCGCCCAGUCUAUCAUCCCAGGCAUCUUGGAGCGGGAGCAAGACCAGUCCGUCGUCUACGGCUCCGUGGACUUCGGCAAGACCGUGGUCACCCGCCAGGACUACCUUGACCUGCUGAAAAAGGCCGGGAAUGCCCUCAAGAUCCUUCCCCACAGCGUCAUCAACGAGAAAGGCGAAGAAGUGGAACUCUGCUCUUCGGUAGAAUGCAAGGGUAUCAUCGGCAACGAUAACCGACACUACAUUCUGGACCUGCUCCGGACAUUCCCACCCGACGUCAACUAUCUCAUCCUGGACGGAGUGGAGCUGUGCAAGGAGUCACGGGAGGCCGGCUUCCCAAGGCAGCACAAGCACAAGCUGUGCUGCCUGCGCCAGGAGCUGAUUGACGCCUUCGUCGAGGCGAGGUAUGUGUUGUUCAUGAAGCUCGCGGCCUUCCACCUGCGUGGUCUGGACAAGAAGCAGCAACUGCUGAAGGACUCCAGCAAGGAAGAAGACAAGGAGGCAUCUGCUGGCAAGGCGCUCGCAGACGAGGCGAAGGUAGACGAACCCUCGAAGCAGACUGAAGCCGUGACCGCCACAGACACCUGCACCACCAACGGAGUCUCCUCUGAAGUCACAAGCCAGAAGGAAGUGAUUGCAAAGGCAGCUCAGGGAGUCGGGUCACUGAAGGAUAAUGAAUUUGACAUUAGGUUCAACCCGGACGUGUUUUCGCCUGGUGUCAAGCAUGCCGGUGAUGAGGAACGUUUGAAGAAGGAGCAGAGGCUAGUCAAAGAAGCGGCAGACUUUCUGGUGGCUGACCAACUGCCUGCAUUCGUGAAAGACUGCGCAGAUCACUCCUGUUCACCGAUAGACGGGAUCACCCUCAGCGAGGCCAUGCACAGCAGGGGCAUCAACAUGAGGUACCUAGGCAGAUUUGCUGACAUGGUGGCACCCAUUGAACAGCUCAAAUACCUGCAUGGCGUGGCGGUGGCAGAACUGAUCACGCGGGCAGCCAAGCACCUGCUCACGACCUACCUCCAGGGGGUGGAUGCGUCCAAUAUGGCCACCGCCAUCAGCCACUUCCUCAACUGCUUCCUGGCUGCACCUUCGGCCAACGUUCAGGCACCGGUGUCCUCGGACGAGCUCAAGAGCAACCGCAAGAAGGGCAAGAGGAAGGGCAGGCAUAACCUCUCGAUGCUAGACAACACGGAGUGGACGACGCUGAGCCCCCGGUCGCUGUGGGAGCAGCUGCGCGGGGAGCUGCACUCCUACUACGGCUGGGAGUUCCCCGCGGGCACCCAUGUGUUGUCGGGGUGCCUCGAGGACCUUUUGGAGUCGCUUGGGGUGCACAAGUGUGUGCUGCUGCGCUCGCUCUGCCUCAAGUGCGGCCUGCAGCUGCUGCAUCGGGAGUAUGCCCUGGAGCAGCGCACAAGGGCGCCCUUCACCGAGGAGGACGUGGUGAAUGUGUUCCCUGUGGCCAAGCACGUGCAUCCCCGGGCCACGGAUGCCUACAGCUUCUACCUGACGGGCCAGGGCAAGAUCCAGCAGGGCUUGCUCAGGGAGGGCUACGAGCUCAUCAGCGAGGCCCUCAACCUCAUGAACAAUGUGUACGGGGCCAUGCACCCGGAGAUCGCCCAGUGCCUGCGCCUGCUCGCCAGGCUCAACUACGUCAUGGGGGACUACGUGGAGGCAAUGGCUUACCAGCAGAAAGCAGUGCUCAUGAGCGAACGGGUGAAUGGCAUCGACCAUCCUUACACUAUCACCGAAUAUACCCACUUGGCCCUGUACUGCUUUGCCAACUCGCAAGUGACCACGACGCUCAAGCUGUUGUACCGGGCACGCUACCUCAUGCUCCUCGUCUGCGGGGAGCUGCACCCAGAGAUGCCCGUCCUGGAUAGCAACAUAGGUCUCAUACUUCACGCCGUUGGAGAGUAUGACCUGUCCCUUCGGUUCCUCGAGAACGCCCUUCAGCUCAACAUAAAGUUCUAUGGCAGCCGCAGCCUGAAGGUGGCGGUGAGCUACCACCUGGUGGCCCGGGCGCAGUCGUGCCUGGGAGACUUCCGCGGUGCCCUGCACAACGAGAAGGAGACCUACACCAUCUACAAGACACAGCUUGGCGAGGAGCACGACAAGACGCGAGAGAGCUCGGAGUGCCUGCGCCACCUGACGCAACAGGCCGUGGUGCUGCAAAAGAAGAUCAACGACAUCUACAAGAAGAACACCUCCGCCGCACUGCCACCCAUCCAGAUUCAAGCGCCGUCUCAGAGCAAUGUUCUCGAGAUGCUCAACAUCAUCAACGGCAUCCUCUUUGUGCAAAUCCGCCCUCAAGACAUUGAAAACUUCAAGGCCGAGCUUGAACGCCGCCAGCAACAAGCGAGCAGUGGCGAAGUCGAGAAGCACGCCGUCACCGCCGGCAAAGAAUCGAACUGUGUUGUUGAGACGCCCACAACGGCCGAGGUCGCUGCCGAAACCAGUCGGUGAAAUCUCGUGCGGCCAAGCGCAAAAAGUAGCCGCGCCCCGCCUACCUCCCGGCGAAUCUUGGCCACCUGCUUCGGAAGAGACAGAGCCCAAAGCUGCGGAGAGGAACCCCUUCGCAACAGGCUGUAGCGUCGUAAAAUGUUUGUCGUUUGCAACGUCACCCAGGCAAGAGGUGCGCUUGUGGAAAUGGCUUCUUACUUCGAAAAAAUACCUCUAUUUUGUAGCUUUUUUUUUUUCUGGUGCGUGUGUGCGCGUGUGUGGCUCGUGGACUUCUGACGGUGCGGAGAAAGGUGCGCGACGGUUGUCCGGUGUCUCGGUGCACCCUAAAAGACUGGCAGCAAAUUCCUCCCCGACCAUAAAAAAAAAUAGGGUCGAGAGAUUAUAUACUGCGAGUAUAUGGUGUCUUCUGUUGUAGAGUCUAAACGUCCGAUCGGCGAGUCAUUUGAAUUAGCGGUCCAGAUGGUAUGUCUUGGUCUCGUUUGUGUGCACAACUGUGGACGUCUGGAGACGGUUUGUCGCAUAAACCUCGCGAGGUAAUGCGCAACAAUUUGAAAGUGGAUGAUUUCGGGUUUGUGAGCGUACUGCGUAAAAUCAACUUUCUUACUCCGUAAAGUAACUUCCCCUUUUUUUAUUUCUGUCUGCUGGCAAAUGGAGUUAUUUCUUUUUUUAUGAUGUAUAUUUACGGCAGAUUGAGGUGAACCAGGUGCCGGCAAAGUGGGUCGCAUUGCCUUAAAAAUGCAAGUCCCUCAAACCUUUGUCGACCGUUGCUCGAAAUACGGGCAAGCUUUUGAUAAGGGCGCGGUGAAACCAUGUGCAAUUAGUCUAUGCCUACCAUUUGUUGGUUGUCCAAAACUAUCUCGUAGGUGUGACCUUUAUUUUUUUUUAUCUGCGUUUAAUGUGAUUUGUACAGCUUUAUCCCGGCAGUGUGAUAGUGCCCUCAACCAAUGCUAGCGGCAGCCUUUUGCGUCCUAGAUUUCCCGCACCACCUGCCCCAGCUCUAUACCCUUCCGAUGACGUAGUCAGUGUAGCGCUAGUCACGAUAUCCAGAUGACGGGAGAAAAACGCAGGGGCAGUCUACAACGAAACGGUGCCUUGAGUCUGUCUGUGGGCAAGCCCUCCCCUGGAGGUUCUUUUCUAUGUCGCCAACGUCUUCCGUUGUAACUUUUUUGAGAGAGAACUCUUUGUGCGACGAUCUUUACCGUCUGCUUGGACCGCCUUGGUGUGUCGAGGACUUGGCGUAUUUCUUUUUACUAGUAAUAUGUGUCAACAUGUAGGGAAUCUGCCUCGCGCAGUCCUGGGGAAGAAAACUGGUGGCGUGGCAGCAAGCCGGAUUGUAGAGAUACUUCUGGGUGUCUGCAUGAGGCAGAUGUCCCUCGCAUUUGGCUCCGAGUGAUUGUCGACGUUUGUGGCGAGCGCAGUGAGCAAAACCGUAUCUAGAGGCUUUAGGUGUGCACGUGCCCGCCAGAGCAGACGGGCUGGCGUCGUCUGCAUCGGAAGUACAAGCUGUGUUGCAACUGGCUGCCAUUGUUGAAUACUUAAUUCUUUUAUAUGCAAGGAAGUGCAGGUUAGGGGGCAGACGGUGGUUGACCACUGAUCAUUGUUCAAGAAUGCUGCCCUUCCCAUGAACAUGUGGAAAGGGCCUCUUUCUGAAAGGUGUAAAAGUGCUAACAAAAAUAUAUAUAUUUUUUUCUCUUAGUUGCAGCAGGGCUUUACUUGCCUGUUAUCAUUUCUUUUUUAGGUUUUUGGUAGGUAGUGUGGUUUCCAGCUGUUCGAAAAAAAAAAGAAGGGGUUAUGAAAUAAUAUAAUUGCAUUUUGUUCCGCAGUACAUGUUCGAAAUCAUUGAAACGACUGGUAUUUUUUUACAUUUUGAUCUUUGCUUCAUUGGCUUGGAAUGUGCUAUGAACCCCAAAGGCUGGAAACCCUGGAAUUAGGCAAGCUGACUUGCGUUUUCGUGACUAGGUCUCCACGGUAGGUGCACCACACUAGCAGGUCCGUGUUUUUCAACAUAUAGUUGAAAAGCAUUUGUAAAGCUGGACCUUUUUUCUUUUUUUUUUGUAUUUUGUCUAGAUCCUAGCAUUCCAUAUGUUGCUUUGAGAACAACCUAGCCAGUUUGCCACACAAACGAGUCAGUUGUAUGUUAGACACUGUUGAGAAUAAUAAAAUGUUGCAUCAAGCAUUGCUUGCUGUUCGAAA